AUGGUUAUGGAGAAUAGUACAAAACUAAUACCAACAUUAACGCCAACAUUCGAACAAUGGAAAUCAUUAGCAAUAUUUUUAACCCACCAUGAAACUAGUUUACAACGACGUUUUGGCGCUGUUAAAAUUCUUCCUCCUAGUCGAUGGGCUCCCUUAGUAAAAAAUCCAUAUGACAUACGACAUAUAAAACUGUACAUAAAACAAGAAAUAAUUCAUGCAUCUCAUCAAUCGGAUGUUUUUUAUAUUCAAAAUUCUGAAACACUUAAACGACGCUCCAUGACUUAUGAUGAAUUCAAAACAAUAGCUGAAAGUGAUCCAUAUCGUUUGAGCGAUACAGUCAAUGAUAAUGUUUUGGAUUAUUUUUGGUCUACAAUAUCGAAACGUGCAUCUUUGUAUGUACCGAAUGUUGAUGAUACUUUAUUUGCAAAACGAGAAACUGUUUUUAAUAUGACUGACUUAUCGUCAUUACUCAAAUAUUAUCCACAACGAAUUCCAGGCGUAACAACACCUGUAGUUCAUAUGGGCAUGUGGUCGAGCGCCGUUGGUAUUCAUAUAGAUGAAUAUGAUCUAAUAUCUUUAAAUUAUCUUCAUCAUGGUGCUGCAAAAAUUUGGUAUAUAAUACAUCCAUCGUGUUAUUCGAAAUUUGAAGAAUUAGUUAAUAAAUUAAAAUUAUUUUCUGAUAUAUCAUCAUCGUGUUUAUCACCACUUCAACAUAAAUCUCUUCUCAUAAAACCAUCAUUUCUUGAUUUACAUUCCAUAGAAUAUUAUCGAAUCGAGCAAAAACUUAAUGAACUAGUGGCUAUUUUUCCUGGUACAUAUCAUUGUUAUUUCGAUACAGGAUUUAAUUUAAGUGAAACAAUUAAAUAUGGUUUACCAUCAUGGUUGCAAUUUCAACGACGUAGUCCAAGACUUUGUUCAUGUAAAAUAUCAUCGUCAAUAUUUGUUAGUCUUAAUCGAAGAUUUUUUACUAAUGAAAUACUGAGUAAAUUUCAAACAGAGUAUUUAACAUCAACAUCAUCAACAUAUGUUGAUUUGGCAGCAGAUGAAGAUAAUAACGCGAAUAAUCAAUCGCUUGUUGAAAUGAACAUUAUACCGAAAUCUCCGGUUGAGAGCAAUAAUGCUGUUAUUCGAACAAAUGCAGAAACUGAAGCUGUACGAAUUGCUAGUCAUAUUAAUAUAUCAUUCGAUCAACUUGCCGAUCCACUGUAUUCAUCAUCAUCAUCAUCAACGAAUAGUAAUACACCGAUAUCACCUAAUCUACUAGCAACAAUCGAUACUCGUGCUGAUUUCGACAGUAUUGCCAAUAUAUUUGAAGAGAUUUUAGCACAAACAAAUUCAAAUUCAAUGCAUCAUGAUCAUCAUCCAACCUAUUUUCAUCCUUAUGAACGCUAUUCGCCUAUCGUUCGGACUCGUGCGCCAUCUGUACAUACAUCGUACUUGACACCAUAUACAUAUUCUGCUCUUCGUAUGUGCACUAGCACAAGACAUAUUAAACGUCGCCGAUGUUACGGAUGUCGUCAGCAAGGACAUUUGAGAAAAGAAUGCCCUUAUUUUCCUCAUAACUAA